AUGAAUUCUCUCAAGAAAAAAGAUAAAGUGCCAAACACUACGCCUAGUGUAAAUGAGAAAUGCUGCUAUAACCCUGGUGGUUGUUUCUUUUGCAUUAUUAAGGAACCAGACUCACCAAUUAGGAGCAAUGGAAUCAAGAACUACUUCAAAAAAAUGCCUUUGAUUGAAGAUCAAGAACUUGUGCUAGUAUUAAGUGGCCUUUGGACCAUGGCUAUGUCACAACCUAAUGACAAAGAGCUUCCAUCUCUCGGUAUCUUUGAAUGCAUGGCAAGCUUAAUCAACAAAGGUAUUACUUACAAAUCUUGGCUUAAUCAAAAUCAGAACAUUUAUAUUCCCUAUUAUGCAGCUCAUAUUAUUGGUUCUUAUACUAUGAACAAUGUUGAGUUUGCUAUUAAAGCAGUUGAUUCAGGUGUCCUAAUACCAUUGUUAGAGCUUUUGAAGGGAAAUAUGACUUGGGUUGAACAAAGGGUAGCUGUUAGAGCACUUGGUCAUUUAGCAAGCUAUGAAAAAACUUUCAAAAAUGUGGCAAUUUAUGAGGAAGAAAUUGUUAAGUUGGCUAUGAAAUUAGCUUCCACAUGUCUUGAAGUUGUGUACAAAGAGUUUGUUGGAGUAAAGGAUUUAAGUAUGAGGUUAAAAUAUCAUUGUGAUUUGUUGACUAGAGGAGUUGGAGGUCUUGAAAUGGAAAAUAGGAAAGCUGAGGAAUGGGCUAGUCAGCUUCAAUGUUGGAGUUUGCAUCUUCUAAAUUGUUUUGCAAUUAAAGAAAGGUGCUUAAAUCUCAUUUGUGAGAAAAAAUUUCUCAAGGACUUGAGUGACAUGUGGGGUGGAUUGGCUAAUGAUACUUCACCAGGAGGGGUUGGAUUAAUUAGAGUUUUGUGUUAUAACAAAGAUGGAAGAAGAUAUAUAGCAGAGUCAAAGGAUGUGAUCAAGAAUCUUUGUAAUCUUUCAAGAUCUUCAGAUGAUUGGCAAUAUAUGGGAAUAGAUUGCCUACUACUGCUUCUCGCAGAUUCAGGUACAAGGUACAAAGUUCUUGAGCUAGCUUCCAUGUGUCUUGUUGAUUUGGUUGAACUUAAGACCCUUGGAGGGAAAUCAAAUGUUGGUAAUACAAUCACAAGAACUCUUCUUUCAGAUUUCAAACAAAGAAAGGUAAAAAUCAAGAAUAUUAGUGUUCAACAAAUUCUUGAAGAAAUAUGGGAUUUGAAGGUAGAUAAGAAGAAAAGGGAGAAAAAUAUGAGUGAUGAAAAACUUGAAGAGAAAAGGGUAAUGAUAAGUCUAAUGAAGCAACAAGGGAACCACAGUUUUUGGUUAGGAAAUAUUGAAGAAGCACUAAUGAAAUAUAAUGAGGCAUUGGAGUUAUGUCCAUUAAGAUUCAGAAAAGAAAGAGUUGUGCUUUAUAGCAAUAGAGCACAAUGCAAAUUGUUGUUAGGAGAGGUUGAUGAUGCUAUAAGUGAUACAACAAAAGCUCUUUCUAUUUCAUCUCCAACUAAUUCUCAUUCCAAAAGUCUUUGGAGAAGAUCACAAGCAUAUGAUAUGAAAGGAUUGGCUAAAGAGAGUUUGAUGGAUUGUAUUAUGUUUGUUAACUGUUGUUUUAAGAUGGAUUCAAUGAAGAAAAAUAUGAGAAUCCCUUAUUAUGCAGUUAGAAUGAUUAAUAAGCAGAUGGAGUCAACUUGGCUUUUUAAAAAUGCUCAAUUGAAGACUUUUGUUGAUCUCAGUGAAAAACCAAAUCAACCACAUGAAAUAAGCCAAAAGGAGCAGAAGAAUGGCAGAGUUACUGGAAUUCUAUUGCAAAGGAAGAGUUUCAUGGAAGGGCUGUCCAGUAUAUCAGAAGAACCUCAGCUGGUUGCUAAGGGUGAAAUAAUUAGUAGGAGAAAGCUGGGAAGAACCAGAGAAAACAAGAAAGCUGUAUUUGCUCAGUCAGUGUAG